GAUAGUUUGACAGCCCUGCCACUGAGAGAGCAUAAUGACGUGGUGAACUCUGUGUGAAAAAGAACAAUAAAUUGCCGACAAAUCUCUAGUGUAAUUAAAUUAGUUACCGCAUAGAAACAUACUAAGUUGCAGAAUUGAUCCCAGAAGUCCUGAAGCAUCGGCUAGCAGGCUCUGCAAGUAGAAAUCUCAACACACUGACAGUCGCAAGAGCCCUGCAACAAGGAGGAAGAAGAAGAAGAAGGCGAAGGCGACGUCGGGCGGUGUAGAAUAUGAAUUAGAGAAUAAUUAGCGAUUGUAGCACUCCUCGUUUGCAAGUUGGCCUGUUUUGUGUUUUGUUAGCCCCUUUCCGACUGACCCUGCCCCCAAAAAGAACCCAACCGCCGAAUCGAUACACGUGUGCAGCGGACACGGCGACCGCGUCAAAGUCAACAAAAAAAGAAAAAUCUAAAGUCGAGGGCCGGAGAUUAAUGAGAGCCUAACGAUAACCAUGAUGAACGAGGACAGCAGUGCUGCCGGCGGCGGCGGCGUUAAGAAGUUUUUCCAGCGCCUCUCACAGACUUACCAAUCCACCUUGGACCGGAGCACACCGCACACGCGGAUGCGCUGGGUAUUCGCCGGUUUUCUGCUCCUGCUCUUCGUGCUGCGCAUCUUCAUCUACCAGGGCUGGUACAUCGUGUGCUAUGCACUGGGCAUCUACCACCUAAACUUAUUCAUCGCCUUUCUGACGCCAAAAAUCGACCCAGAGUUCGAUCCCUAUUCGCAGGACGACGAGGACGAGGGUCCCAAUCUGCCGACGCGCAGCAACGAGGAGUUUCGCCCAUUCAUCCGCCGCCUGCCGGAGUUUAAAUUUUGGCUCUCGGUGGCAAAGAGUACGCUUAUUGGACUUAUUUGCACAUUCUUCGACUUCUUCAACGUGCCAGUGUUUUGGCCCAUCCUGGUCAUGUACUUUAUCACGCUGUUCUGCAUCACGAUGAAGCGCCAAAUCAAGCAUAUGAUCAAGUACAAGUAUUUGCCCUUUACGCGCAACAAGCCGCGCUACCAGAGGGUCAACGACCUGGCGGGAGCCGGACCCGGUUCAGUGGCGGGCAAUUCAAAGUGACAAUUAGCCGCACAGACGUCGGACCUUCGGGCGCCGGCAGCGGAGAGCGGGCAACCCUUCGAGCCUCCCUUCUGCAGCUACAGUGCCACCAUCAACAACCAGCGACAGCGAAGCGACCAAGGAUUUGGGGUCGCCAACAGUGGGAGGAUCAACAGCAUCGUCCAUCAAACCACCGCAGAUCAUUGCCAUUGAGGACUAUUAGAGAAAGCUACCAAAAGCAGCCCGGAUCGGGAUUCAGAAGCAUAACAUCAACCAGAACCAAGCUUAUAUUAUGAUUUUCCUUUUCGGUUUGUGUAGCAUUUUCAUUUCACUGUUGAGUUGUCGUACGGCGUCUUGUGCAAAUACCUUGUUUAUUGUUUAAUAUAAAUGCUUGUUUAAAUUUAUAUUUAUUUACAACGCUUUCCAGCUAUUGUGAAUCCCCAACGAUACCGAAACACAGCAGACCAGCUCUAAUUUAAUUACUUUCCUAAUCCUAACAAUAAUUUAAUGAAUUUUUAUCCAAAAAGUAGAAUUACUGUAUUCGACAAAAAAUAUUUUUGAUUAUCAUGCUUAGAUGCUAAAACAAUGUAUGACUAAAUAUAUAUAAAAACAUAUAUAUAUUUUGCAUUACAAUUAUACACUUUUUGUUAGCGUUAACUAUACAAAAUGUUAAAAAGGCGGAAUGAAAACUGAAACUAUAGGAAGUUUACACUGGGUGCGUCUUAUGAAUAAAGAAAGACACAAAAAACCAAAAA